GAUUUAGAUUUAAACGAGUAAAAAUCAAAUCGUCUUUUGAGUAUCUCUCGUCCUCUCCGCUCUUCUCUUUUAGUUUUAUACAUAUAAAUUGCAACUUGGUCUAUAUAUCCAACACAUACUGCUAGCUAGCUGCAAUUAAGCAAGCCCAAGUUACUAGUGAAUUAGCUAGUGAUCAGGAGAAACAAAAAAAAGAGAGAAAGAGAGAGAUCAUGGUGUUCUUCUGCUUCCUGGUGGACCAGAAGAGGAUGGUGAGGAGCAGCAAACCUGUUGCCGGGAUCUGCUCACGUUGCGGAGGCUGCGCCAGCGUGGCCGACAUGCAGACCUCUACCCGUUUCUGCUAUGUUCCCGUACAUCGCCGUUCCUGGCGCGCCAUCAUCUGCACCUUCUGCGGUGCCCUCCUCAAGUCCUACCGCUAACCAACUCUACCUUAAUUUUAUUUCUUCUUCUAUUCAUAUUUCAUACCCAUAUUUGCAUGCAUGCUCUCACCGCCCAUAUAUCCUAUCCUAUUCUAUUCUAUUCUAUUCCAUUCUAUUCUCUUUCUCUAUAUUUGUUAUAUCAUCAUAUACUUCUGAGUCCUAACCAACUCAAUCACAAUAUAUAUACUACCACUUCAGCCUCUUGUAUAUAUUUUAUUUGCAAAAUUAAUAUUAUAAUUCUUACUUUUCAGCUCAAGGCUGUUGUUCUAGGGUAUGCAUGCCCAAUUUCUUUACUUUUGCUGGAUGUAUUAUAGUAUUAUAUUAGUUUUAUUAGCGUUUGUUUGGACUUACUUAGUCCGAUCAGAGAGAAGCCUUCAAGUUUAUACUUAAUAGGAAGGGAGGAAAUUGAAUUUUUUUUUUUUCCCC